AUGUCGGACGCGCGCGCGUCGUCCUCGAGCGCCGCGUCGGCGGGCGACGCGGCGGGCGAUCGCGACGCGCUGGAGCGAUCGGUGCGCGCGUUGACGCGCGCGCUCGGGUUGGACCCCGAGCAUAGAUUCGCGGAGUCCCUGAUCUCGGCGUCGACGGCGAUGCUGGAGAAGAUGGUGUCGAAGUACGACGUGACAAAGGUGGCGCAGGCGCAGGCGCGGCGGACGCUGAGCGCGCGGUCGAGGGAUCCCGAGGCGUUCGCGAAGGCGUGCGACGGACUCCGCGCGCGCGGAGUGGAGGAGUUGGAUCGAUACCUGGCGGUUCUGGCGAAGAUUGCGGGCGAUGAGGAACUCGCGUUCGCGGUUUCUGAGGCUGGAGGACGCGCGGCGGAGGCGGAGGCGGCGGCUGGGAGGAUGGGAGAGUCGAGGGAGACGGAGGAGCCGGAGAGUCCGGCGACGAUUUCUUCGCCGGGUGGUUUGGGAACGCCGGAGCGAUACGCCGCACUCGGAAGGAACGUCACGAGCUCGAUAAGUUCGCAGGACACCGGUGGGGCGGGUGCGAAGAAUUUGGCGGGAGACUUUGGACGCAUGAGCGUCGGAAGCGCGGUUAAACGCGUCGGAGCGAGUUUCGGCAAGCCUGAGCGCACGCUCGUCCCGCUCGGACCGAACGAGCUAGCCGAGGGUCCGCGUUUACCAGAUUGGAAUUACAAGCGCCCUUAUCUCACCGGCGCGCAUCUGGGUAGCGGUGCGGAGCAAGAUAGGAACAUCAGAGCGCUUAGCGAAUAUGGCACCGCCGAGCAGGAGUUGUUGAUUCUCGAUGACUUGCUGUACGCCAUGAUGGGGAUAGAUGGUAGAUACAUCAGCGCUUGGAGGAGUACGGAUGAGGAAUCUCGAUCGGGUGUCGUUGUCCAGGGAAGCCGCCUCGCGCGCGUGAAGUUUGAGGUGGAGAUUGGACUCGAGGCGCCGCUCGCAGCGUUGGUGAAUAACAUGCUACCACUGUGCACGGACGCGGCGACUGUUCGGGCAUUCAUAGAAUCGCGGCAAGACUUCAAGCACGGGUUCGUCUCGCACGCUUUAGCGGCGGACUUGCGCGAGCUCCUGAACGAUUGGAGCACGCUGAUUGUGCAGCUGGAGCACCAGCGAAACAUUGGCUCUCUAUCGCUUCAGGCGGCGUGGUUCUACUGCCAGCCGGCGGCGCCCGCGCUGCGCCUGAUGGCGAACAUCGCUAGCCGUGCGUUCUAUUUGAAGGGUGCAAGCGUGCUGAAUCUUUUGCAUCGCGAAGGGUGCGAACACGCUGGUGACAGCGCCGUAUUGGCGCUGGUUCAGCGCCUGAGCAAGGCAGCGGCGAAACCAUACAUUCAAGCCAUCGAGCUCUGGGUAUACGACGGCCAAGUAGACGAUCCGUACGACGAGUUCCUCAUCCUUGAACAGCAAGAGAUGAAGAAACAGUCUCUGAAUGACGACUAUAACUCGGCGUACUGGACGAAGCGGUACUCACUUCGCGAGGAGUUCCCGCAGUUCAUCGGCGAACAGCUAGCGCAAAAGAUACUCACCACGGGACGGUACCUGAACGCAGUGCGCGAGACUAGUCUCGCGUCGCUCGCUGAGCUUCCCGCCAAACCGAGCGAUGGACUGGGUAGAAUGCAGUUCGGGCCGAACAUGAUUGUUGGCACUGGGAAGUAUGCCGAUCGCAUUGCCGAAAGAUUUGAGCACGCCGCGAGCAAAUUGUUGCAUAUCAUGUGGCAAGAGGGAGAUUUAAAGGCUCGACUCGAGAGCAUGAAGAUGUAUUUCUUGCACGCGCGUGGAGAUUACCUUGUGUUUUUCUUGGACACCGCCGCGGCUGAACUGAAGCGAGAUUCUGAUGACAUUCGCCUGUCGAAACUCGACACGUUGCUCGAUCUCGCGUUGAAAUCAUCGAGCGCGGCGAACGAUCUUCACAGCGACGAUAUGUCAUGCUCGGUCGAGGGACACCGUCUCACUCAGCAACUGUCUGAGAUGGACGACGGCGAUGGGGUGACUCCACCAUCGACUUCGAAUGCGGACGAGUUGACAGGUUUUGAUACGUUCGUGCUCGAUUACGACGCCCCUUGGCCAGCGAGCGUGGUGCUCAACCGUCGAGCGGUGACCAUGUAUCAAAUUUUAUUCAGACAUUUGUUCGGUUUCAAGUAUGCCGAGCGUGAGCUCUGCGCGGGAUGGCAGCGACUUCGCUCACUGCGCCGGAACGCUCUCGCUAAGGCGCACGUACUCAACCAGCGAAUGCUGAAUUUCCUACAAAACUACUUGUACUACGUCACGAACGAGGUGAUCGAGCCGCACUGGGACAAAAUGAGCGCUCAAAUGGAAGAGGCUCGAUCCGUGGAUGAACUCAUCGCAAUCCACGGUGCCUUCUUGGAGUCUUGCAUGAAGGACGCCACGUUGUUCUGGCCAAAGCUGCUCAAGCGCCUCGAUCGCUUGCGGUCCACGUGCGUGCGUUUCGCGCGCGACUGCCAACGUUUAGCCGGUGCCAUCGAGCGCACGUUGGCCGAUAUGGACGACCAGGCUGGCGUCAAACGCAUGGAUGCGCUCGAGGACGAGGUGAGUACCAUCAUGCGGGAGACAGAGUCGCGGUUCACUGAUUUGUUGACCGAUUUGCUCAACGCGUUGAACGACUCGGGUGACGUGGACAUCAAACUCCUGUCCCUGAGCUCCAAGCUGGACUACAACGGCUUCUGGACGGCAAAGGGCGGAUGA